CUGAUGUUUUACUAGGGAUCUCAACCAUACAUAUUUACUAAAUUCCAUUUAAAUCUGGUGACUCAGUCAAAAUUUGGACAGUUCAAUUCUUAUCGUCAUUUAUAUUAAAUAGUUGUCAUUCUAUUGCACAAAUCAAAUUAUUGAGAAGAUCUUCAGCUUCAGUAUUUAUUUAAUUGCACAUCAUUAAACAAACUAGUCGAUAAGUUGUGCUGACCAAGGAACAACGUGUUAACAAGUAAAUGAAAUACGGAAGAAAUAAAUAUGAUGAUUAAAUUGGAAAAAGAUGCUUCCCUGAUUUACACCGUGAAUCAUGAAGAGUACGCCAAAUUUAUCGCCGAUCUCAAGUCUUCGUCUCGACAUGAGAUUGGCGAGUUGACGCAAGAUUUUCUGAAUUUGGAAUUGCACCCGAAUACCAGAGACCUGGCUGGAUUGGCAGCCAUGGUCAAUGGUGAGAAGGAAAAGGGAGGCGUUGACCUCUCCCAGCAAUUCUGGCUACUGGAAUAUGUCCUCCUUUGCCGUGCAGCGUCUGAAAAAACGGGUUACCGAGGUGCAAUAUUUUACCGGAAGGAAAAUCAAGAACGGCACGGGCAACUUAUUAUCGCUCAUGGAGGAACCAAAUUCGAACCCGGCGACUGGCAAGCCGACUACGAUGGCGUGGUCAACAACCGUCUCACCCCUCAAAUCAAUUCCGCCUGCACCUUCGGUCUCAAUUUCGUGCAAAAAUUCUCCACCGGAAGUGGCACCCCUCCUCUCAAAGUAUCCAUCACUGGACACUCUCUGGGCGGCUGGUUAGCCCAAAUUUGCACCUUUGCCCUCAAAUAUUUGCACCUAAACGAAACCACUUUCGAAUUACCCGCUAAUAAUUUCCCCUCCGAAAAUUUCCACCCCCACUGCGAAGUAUUCGACAGCCCCGGAGCAUUCGAAAUCAUUCAGGGUUUAUCCUCCCUCAAACAAUUUCGCGUCUUAAAACUCAAAACUAAACCGCAUUUCGGUCUGGACAUUACCAACUUUGUGUUCACCCCGAACGGCGUCAACGUAGUUAACAACCAUAUCGGAGACAUGUUCCUACUUCCGUUGGAUGACGAUAUCAUAACCGGAAAUGGUGGUAAACCAUCAAGUUUUUUAACCAGGCAAAAUUUCACCUUUACAAAAACCACGCAUGCAAUGGCUCGCUUUGUUAGAGAGCUCAUAUCCAACCCGAAUCCACGCUUGGUCCGCGUGGAAGAAUGGAUUUUGAUCCUGUUUAGAAACUGGGACACGAAAAAGCACGUGUAUCUUGAUAAGCAUGUCAACAUUUUGAGCCUACUGGGUUCCUCAGUUAAGCAUUUAUUUACCACGAAAUGGUCACAGACGACGAAAGAGUAUGACGAUUUUAUGAAAUCUGCCCUCCCCGUGGGCACCUCGAGUGGGGAGGAAGGCCUCAAAAUUAAUUUGCACACGCUCAGCGCCGGCGCCCAGGAGGUGGUCGAGCUGCUUAAAACGGUCAAUAUUUGGCAGACUUAUCUCGGCGGAAAUGGAGGCACCCUGAGAAAUCCGAACCUUGAAAUUUUGCAAUCCUUGGUUGAAAUCGUGGCAAGGUCCCCGACGAGAAAUCCGAUCUUAAUUCCGAGCCAGAAUUAUUUCGUAAUGUUACAAAAUGCGGGUCUGGCCUUAAGCAGGAUUGCCGAGAUGUGUGGGAAACUGGAAAACUUUUCUGUGGCGCAGAUAAGGUCGUGCAGUGACAGAUAUAGGGAUGCGAUACAGGAUAAGUUUAUUAGUUUGGAAUUCGAAGAGGGACAAGAGCCUGUUACUUGGAGGGAUGAAUAUCGACACGGAAAUAGGAAUUUGCUGAAACUAUUUUGUCUUAAAAUAUGUGUAUUAGUAGAAACAGAAAAAGGUGGGCUUUCUCGUAAAAAUACGCUCAUUUUAAAAUAUGGAGACGUUAACUUUACAAAUUUAGCCUCUCCACCGGACGGAGUAAAAUUCAUAUUUGUCGACUGCAUUAAUCAUCUCAGCGAUAAAAUUGAGCAAAAACCAAGUAUUCCUGACUGCCAAGUAACUUUCAUAAUACACGAUCCUACCGGGACGACAAAUAAUAAUAAUAACUGGACAAAUUUACGCAUCGCAGACUCCAGUUUUCCUGAAAUUUUGAACCAAUCCAUAAAUUUGCAAGGCGUACCAGUCAAAUUAUCAGAAUUUCUAAAUUCUGCGUCAGGCUGUCAAGAAAUUUUGCAAUGUCUUUUCAACGAUCCCGACAAAUUGUAUGUAGUUUUGCAGAAACGAGCCAAAUUGGAUAUUGGUACUCUUCCAGCCUCGAUUUUUGACAAUGUCAACAUCUACGUGGAACCUGAGCGUACCUUUAAUUCGAUGGAGGAAGCCGUUCAAAUUUUUAAAGUCAUCCUGGAAGGGUUCGAAUUACCCGGAGUCAUAUUAUUUUACGAGGAGGAUGGCUUCCCAGAUUUUGCAAAAUUUUUGCAAAAUUCUUUACAGAAUUACGAUCUGAAAUAUUUUAUUCUGACGAGCGAUGAAGAUCCUGUCGCAAGUUUUCAACAAUAUUGUAAAAAUCAUUCAGAAACGGUAGUGGAAUUGGUGGCGUGUAGAAGCCAGGGAAAUUCGUUGGACUGGAAAUUGCACUAUAAUCCAGAUUUGUACCGGACAAGAGAAAUCUUACCGCCAGCAAUUGACACGAGGGGUCUGCACAAAUGGGGAAAAGAUGCGCCAGUAAAUUUCAAAAUUGCCGCCGGUCCCGGUGCGGAAACUUGGGAGGAAGUCUUGUCCAUAAACUGUUUGCUAAUUCCGGAUAAAGAUAACCUUUUAGAAAAUUUGGGACUAUCACAGCGUUCCGAUCUGGAUCCCGCCAAUAUUAAAUCGGUCCAUCUAAAACCAGGAACUGGCGGGAGCUGCGAAUUAGUUUUGCAUUUCAUCGAUUCACAGCCAGCUCUAGUGAUUCAAUUAGAAGGAAAACAACCCAUUCACGAAAACGGCAUUUUUCCCGACGGCGGGAGCACAGAGAGAUUUCUAAUGUGCAUCUCCGACAGUCCCGGGAUGGGUAAAAGUUUCACCAUGAUGACCAUGUGCGCCAAUAUUUUGCAAACUUCGCAAAAUAAUUAUUGGGCGUGGGUAUUUUUCAUCCAACUUCGCGACCUCACAGGUUUCGACCGUCUCGCCAAAUCCUUACUGGAACGACUCGAUGAGGACAACGUGCCCGAAACGUAUCUCGAACUGGACAGUAUUGUACCCUUUUUAGCGCAAAAUUUAAAACUCGAUUCCAUCUCGAGUAUCGCAUUCCGAGCGAUGCUGACUGGUCACAAUUCGUCCAAAAUAUUCUUAAUCCUCGACGGUUUCGACGAACUCGCAAAUUCCAAUAAGCAACUCGUCUCCCGGGUUUUGAAAGGGUUGCGAAUAAAUUCCUCCGUUAAUAUCGCCAUGUCCACGCGGACGAGAGACAACCUCCUCGUGGAGACUUCCCUGGGCAUAGUUUCGCACCAUUUACUCCCCCUGGGCCAAUAUGAACAGUUCCUCUACGAUAUUUGGAAAGGGGUAAUUCGCGACGAGAAAGAUCGCCUCGCCACGUAUUCAUCCACGCUGAUGCGGAAAGUUCAAAAUUCCUUUGUUACCGACAAUAGUAAUUCCUUUUUAGGAAUCCCGCUCCACAUGAAAAUGCUCAGCGUCGCGUUUGCCACCCCGGCCCGCAAUUUUUCCUCCGGUCUGAUCAAUCUCGACGAAGCGGUCCCUUCGCAGUACAGCUUGAGGAUCUUGAUUGAUCAAUUUAUCGAUACGAAAUACAAGAUUUUCUUCUUCAACAAGUUAGGCUUGAAGGAUGCCGGGAUUUGGGACGAUUUAAGGCCCAGUCUUACCUGGAAGUUUGAACGAGAAUUGGAAUUCUUGGGGGGCGAUAUGCUCGAAAUUGGACGCGACGGCUGGGACGCCUUAAUCUGGGAAAUUUACAGGGUGGAGAGAAAAAAUUUGCAAAUUUCUGAGGAUGACGCAUCCAGAGAAAUAUAUAGAAUCGGUUUGGUCCAGGGGUCGCCAAAACCCGAAUUUUUGCACCGAUCCAUUGCAGAAUCGUACGUGACAAAUUUUAUUUUCAAAUCGUUCAAACAAUUUUCCCAGGAUGAGAGGCGCCAUGGCGACGGAGAAAAUGGUGCUUUCGCCCAAAAAUUAUUCGUCGCCGGGAAAUCCGCCGUUCUAGAGAUAGGGCGUCGCUUAAUUAGAUCAUUUCUGAACGAACUGGUCAAAACUGAUGACCAGAUUUUGUCCCAACUUCGGGACGGAAGUCUACCCCGAAUCGCCACGCGUGGCGUGGAUGAUGACAUUUUGUCCUGUUUUUACGAACUCGUCCGUCUCGAGCAUAGUUCUACAGAUUUAUUUGGAUUUCUCGCCAACACAUUUUUCAACUGGGGCCAAACUUCACGCUAUAUUCUGGUUUUGUUCGCGUUAAGUGGACUCUCAGUAAUUCCGAUGACGCAGACCACGCUGGAAAUUGUGUUUAUGCUUAUUCGCAGUUUCCGGUUGCAAAUUGGGGAAAAUUCCAUAGACGAAAUAAUGGAAAGUCAGCCCAGUUCGAGCAAUGAGUUUGCCAUAAUUAAAAGUAUUUUACUGUAUACACCCGACAACUUGGCGUGGUACAGGUUCAGGGCGGAUUUUAAGCCGUUUUUGCUAAACAAGGAGUCAGCAAUGAGUCAAUUUGGCCCAAUUAGUAAAGAUUUGUUGGGUAAAGAAGAGGUCAGAGAUAGGUUGGAGGAACGCUAUGGAAUUUGUGGGGAUGAGUUCGAAACCAGUGUUAAGUUUGUGGACUGGCUGUUGGAAUUUAUGGAGAUUUUGGGGAAAGAUUUGAGGGCUGAAAUAUCUCGUAGGGACGCCUAAACAGAGACAUAUUUUUAGAUACAUAUGGAUUUGCAUAUUUCUCAAAAUUAUUGGAGGAGUAAUUACUAAUUUGGCGAUAAAAUACUUAAUAACUGCAAAAAUGUGUGUAGGAUUUCUAAUGUACACGAACUGCAUAGACAUCUGUAGCAAAAAUACUUUUCACCCAAUUUCAAUACUUAAUAUUAAAUUAUUUGUAACUAAUUAGCCAUAUAUUUAUCUAUCAUAAAUUAAUUUAUCCAUGAAAUAUAUGUAGCAUCAUAUGAAGGAAUUGAGAUUUUUUAAAUAAAUCCGUAAAUUCCAGAAUAUUCAUAUAUUUAAUGUGAAAUUUAUACGACUUUAUUGAGAGUAGUUAAUUUACAAGAAUGAUGAAUUGUUCUGAAUCAAAAUUUCUAAUGAUAAAUAUGUAAAUAUUUUACAGUUUAAAUAAAAGUAAGAUGUCAUUUCA